AUGACAAAGCUUAAUAAAAACUGCAUCAUAGCAUUUUGGUUGCAUAAUUUAGAAGACGAUGUGCUUGAGGACCCAAAGUUUUUAGUGAGUUUAUUUUAUUUUUUGCCUUAAUUUCAUUUUUUUUUUGAAUUUUAACGUAAAUUUUGAAAACAAAAUUUAAUUUUUUUUAAUAAAAAAGUCUUUCUAUAUAAUAUUUUAUUAAAACCAAUGUUAAUUUAGAUCAUAUCGCCACGAUUGAACAACUUUCUCAAAACUUUCCACAAGUCUUCAAACUUUGAAAGUAACAUAUACAUCAACAGUUUGGAUGGGUGGACUUAUGUUGAUCUUCAUCUUCACUACAGAUUCAGUGGAAAUCUGUUAUGGGCUUCACUACAUUUACUGGUAGACAGUACGCGUACUAUUGAAAUAUGCUUUACAAUUGCCAGUAACUUUUUAACAUAUCCGUUGAUCAAACAUAUGGCACAGUGCAUUAAAGGUGAGUAUACAAAUUAGAAGUAGAAUACUUUUUGUCUUCAGCUGACACAGAACGGAUAGAAUGAAUGAUGGGGUAAGGUAGGGCUAUGGCUCUGGGCUAGGGCUCUGGGCUAGGGCUCUGGGCUAGGGCUCUGGGCUAGGGCUCUGGGCUAGGGCUCUGGGCUAGGGCUCUGGGCUGGGGCUCUGGGCUAGGGCUCUGGGCUGGGGUUUUGGGCUAGGGCUUAGGCUAGCACUAGGGCUCAGGGUAGAGCUAGAGCUCAGGCCAUCACCAGAGCUUGAAUCAAAGCUAUGGCUUAACAAACUUUCUUUUUAGAAAAAUUAGAAAACCCGAUAUCUUUCUUCAUUACCAUCGAUAUCGACCGAGUAAUGUUGUCUCCAUUCAUCAUACUAGGCCACAGAAUUAGGUCAAUUGAUAUGCGUGGUUUCGCUAACUACCGUUGUAUAAAAGACUUUGCCGGCUUCGAAAUGGACAAAAUUAAUUUAUAUACUAAAUUUGAUUCUGCUUGUAAGUUAAAUUAACACCCCUCAAAUCAAGUUUUUACAGUCAUAUCAUAUCCCCCCCCCCCCUCCCAGUGUUUUGCUGGUGGUGGGGCCCCCACUCUAAACUCUUCUUUUAUUCAGAUUUGGUACCUCUAACGCAAGUUCGAUUGAAAAAAUUGAAUACUUUUGGUAACACUCUGGAUAUAAUGAUACAAAACGAACUAAUUCAUCUCGGAUUGAAAGAGCUUCAUGUUCAAUACCUAAAUCACGAAUGCUCUGUUCAAAACUUGAGACUACUAAACCGAGCGUACCCUGACUUGAAAUAUAUCUCCAUACAGAAUCCUUGUCUUCAAGGUAACUUUUAACAUUUAAAACUAAAUGAACAAUAAAAAAUCAAAAAUUUAAAAUGAGAUAAUUAUAGGUGAUCCAAAUAUUAAAGAAAAAACUCUGGAACUUGUUGAUAUUGCUGAAGAACUUUACCAUCAGCAUAACACCACCAUCAAACUAGACAUCAUGUUUGGUUAUUCGUUUUUAUCCCUACGAGACGAAGUUAAAGAUAAUAUUAACUCAAGAACACCAAACAUACCACGAAGUACAACUCUUUGUUACAGAUCACAAAUGGCGGUACUAAUUGUUAAUAUUGGUACUGUUUUUAAUUAAGAUUACAUUUAUUAAUAAAUAAUAUAAAAGAUUCACCAUUAACAUAAAAUAAGUAUCAUACUUAGGGAGGCCAUAUUGGGUUAUUGAAAUGCAACGUAUCUUCUAUAAAAUACUUUGAAAAGCCGCCCGCUGUCUUUUUUUUUAAUUUUUUGAUUUUUUUUCAUUGAUUUUUUCUAAAUAUUUAUCCAAAUUAUUGAUCAAUGUUUUUUCCUUAAAUGGCAGUGGUAAUGGUAUUUUAUGGUUGACAAUCUUUAUCAAAAUCAUACUGUAAGAAAUAAUUUACAAUUUAUUUGUUAAAGAGUAUGCUCUAAAAACUAUUUGAAUACUCAAUUAAAAUAACUAUUAUAAAACAAAGUUCGCCUAUGUAUCAGAUAUAAAAUAAAUGAUCUCAAAUUUCAAACAUUUAAAAAACAGUUUAUUUUUGACAAAAGGUGCUACUUGAGCAUAAAAAUGCAGAGAGUUGGCAGGGUUUACAGUAAAGUUGGCAAGACUCACCGGAGAGUUGGCAGGGCUCACAGGAAGAGGUAUUUAUAAUUCUUAACUUAUGACCAUAUAAUAUUAGGUUUUUUGCUGUGGCAGAAAUGAUAAUGAUAAAGGUGAUGUGGUUUUUUUAGGAAGUUAGGUUUUAAGAAUUUGUCCGCUUUGCGAAUCACAUGAUAACUAUGCAACCAAGAUAAAUAAAACUAAAUGGUUGUAACAACAAAGUUUAUUUCUUAAACCAUUCUGUAUUAUAAUAAAAAUCAAACAUAGAAUCUUUGAACAUAAUAAUACAAUUUACUCAAUAAUAUAAUAAAACUUUCAACUUUUCCUUCCUUUAAACAAAAAAAUUCCUAAUAGGGGGGGGAGGUAGAAAACGUUUCAAACCGAUCCGACAUUCCGCACUUUCGCAUUUCAUCAGGUCCGAGAAGAACUUUGUUUCACGAUAUUAGAAGCUUCUAGUUAUAAACUGUUGAGGUUGAAGAACUUUAUAUUACGUUUUGGCCGAUUUUGGCAUGUGAAUACACAAAUGUGAUGUAUAAUAUAAGUUUCUUUGUAUUACAGGGAGUUUUAUAACUAAAAAUAAUUGAAGAACGUAACUUGGAGAAAAAAGAUGUGUCCUUUCCUACUAAAGAUAUAAGUGAUCUGUAUUGUGAGGUUUACUGUAAUUUUUGGCAUACAUUUUGUUAUCUACAUCAAUAUUUUUUCAAAAUUUGAUACGGGACUAGAAAGUCUUUGGUUCUUAUAUAACAAUAUAUAUAUAUAAAUGGUUUUUUGGUAUGGAAAUGUGUAGAAUUAAAUUCUCUACCACAAUUUUUAAAGAAUUUUAAGUAUUAAACGUAUGGAAAGUCUUAUAUGACCUCAUUUUAGUGGGAUCUCAGCUGUUCAAGACCCUAACGAUCAAUAAUAACUCGAAUCCGGUCUUCAAUGAGUAUUUUGAAGCCAUUGUGGAUCAAGCCGCUGUUCAGAAGAUACGAUUGAGCAUGUUCGAUGAAGAUACGAAAAGACAAGAUGAGGAGUUAGGAAGGCUUUCGAUUCCAUUAUCUUAUUUUAGGAAACAGAAGGUCGUUUCAAAGGUAAGGUGGUACUUUUGAUAAGUAAAAUAGUGUUUUUUACCUGAUAUGGUACUUUUAAUACUUAAAAUGGUAUUGUUAUAUUCUUCAGGUUAUAAAAUGACAUUUCUAAUACACUGCAGGUACAAAAUAAUCGAAAGGGAAUUUUUCGCGAAAAAUUAGAAAUUUUUUAUUGUGCGUGUUACAUUUUUGUUCGUUGUCGGAAAACCAGGCAACUUUGGACUAAACGAGAACUAACAUUGAAAAGGUAAGUGUUUUUACUUUGUAUUUUUCUACUUUUUUUUAAAAUUUUAACUUUUGAAAAAGUAUAAAAAAAAUUUAUUCGAAAAUUGAACUUUUCGUAAAAUUUAAAUUUUAGAUCUUUAAAACUGUCUACAAAUUGAAUAAACUUUUCUGUACAACUUUUAGAUAACGUAUUUUUAACGUUAUAUUCAAAGUUUCAGAUCGAUUUAAAACUCCAAAAAAAAGUAGUUCCAAAAAAACUAAAAAUUUCGGUUUUUUAUCAUGGAUAUAAUUUUAAUUAUUUCAGAUGCCUCCAGGUUAG